GUCUGCCCGGCUGCCUGCGCCACUUGGAGGGAGUUGAUAGUUGGUGCCCGGGUUGAGGAAAUCAAAGCGCCCUGAAGCCAGGAAGGAAGACAGGCUUGCUUUCUGGGGGGUAAAGAAUCCCACUCCUUUCUUUUCAUGGACGCCUGCUGCUGCUGGCCAAAGCAGAGGAGAUCCCCACUCCCGUGACCCGGCAGACAUGGCACUGCAGCCGCGCCCCUCGCUCCCUUGCCUGGGCAAGGGAGCUCAGGGGUCUCUUUACGUGUACAGCAUCCCUUCCGACGUGCUGGGGAAGUUCUGCGAGCAGAUGGACUGUCUGAAUGAGUAUGAUUGGCUGCGCUUCGCAUCCAACGUGAUAACUGAUCAGACUGAGCUGAGGAAAAUCAAGUACAUGGAGAAGACGGGAAUCAGUAUAACAAGAGAGCUGAUGUGGUGGUGGACGAUUAGACUUGGAACUGUCCAGCAACUGUUGGAACUCCUGAAUGAACUGCAGUUUUAUCGGGCAGCCAAAAUCAUUGCAGAUUGGUCACUCCAUCUUCCUACUGAUUCUGCCAAGACUCAUUUAGACCACACUCAACAGGAGAACGCAUCACUUCAUCCUCAUGGGAGCAGACGUGAAGGCAUAAGAAAUGGGGCAGAAAUUUCUAUACCAUCAAAUUCAGCACACCCAGAUCCUGUUUUGCAAACGGACCCAAACUGUCCUCCUUUAACUCCACCUCCAGCUUCCAUUGACCUUCCACAUUCUUUACAAUCAAAUCCUCCUGCUUCAUCAAGUAUGAAGCCGCACAGUUCAUCUAUCCCUCAACAGGAAUCGCUUCAUAAUCUCCCUAGCAGGAACCUUGUGUGGACCAAGGCUGAAGUUGAAACAGUCACCAAUGGCUUCAGUGAGGAGAAUCGAAUUAAUGACAGUAUUUUUGCUGAUACUUUUAAAGGCCCGAGGCACAAUGUACUGUAUGCUGUUAAAAGACUAAAAGAGAAGGAAUGUGCAAACCCGAAUCAGACGCAGAGAUUUUUUCGCACAGAAGUACAGAUCUGUUUUCGGUGCUGUCAUCAUAACAUUCUGCAUCUUCUGGGCUUCACUGUCGAAAGUGGAUUUCACUGCCUAAUAUACCCAUACAUGCCUAACGGAUCAUUGACUGACAGAUUACAAUGCCAGGGUGGUUCUGAACCAUUAACCUGGGAGAGACGUAUUAGAAUCUCCAUUGCACUUGUUCAAACUAUUCAGUAUUUACAUAAUUUUGAAAUUCUUCAUGGAAAUGUGAAAAGUUCCAAUGUUUUACUGGAUGCAAACUUUGUUCCCAAACUUGGACAUGCUGGUUGCAGACUGCAACCUGUGGCAAAAACAACGGAGAAUGGAGGGAUGGAAACCAAAGUCAUGCAAGUUUCCCUUGCCUACUUCCCAGAAGAUUUCAUUAGGCAUGGGCAGCUAACUGAAAAAGUGGAUAUUUUCAGUUGUGGAAUAGUUCUAGCAGAGAUACUGACUGGCAUUAAGGCCAUGGAUGAAAGAAGGCAUCCCAUCUUCCUGAAAAAUGCCCUCCUUGAUGAAAUUCAGGUGGCAAAGAAACUAUCUUGCUCUCAGAAAGGAACCUUUGAAAGCAUUGCAGCCAAAGCAAUAUGUGGAAAGUACCAAGACAAGAAUGUACUCCACUGGCCAGCAACACCUGCUAUUUAUUUGGCUACUGCUGCCUGUAUGUGUUUGCGGAAAAAGAAUCCUCAAGUGGCAGAGGUAAAUGCAAUUAUGGAAAAAUUAGAUCAUCAAAUGCAAUAUCAGAAGAUGUCUGAAGGAAGAAAAUAUCCUGAACUGUCUCUCAACACCCCUGAAGAAACAAAUGAUGAGCCAGCCAGCCCCUUCAACAAUGGAUCCUCAGAUGACAACUGUGAUGGAAGCAUAAAUGCUGAGUCGUUGAACUGUGUGGAUUUAUUACCUCCAUUGAUGAGUGUCAAGUCUCCUGAAACAUACCCUGAGCAGAUGUUACGGGUCCCUUGUGAGUCUGAUGAAUCAAGUAACUUUCCUUGGGAUCCUUUGGAGGAUGUUGCGUACCAGGCACCAGUUGGUGGCCUUCCAGAAAACAUUUCCCCCAUAAUGUGUCUUGCAAAUAAUCCAGAAUACAAUGAUAUCACAGCAAAAUCUAUAGACUCAGAAAGACAUAUUCCUCAGGAAGUGGCUGUUUCUUCAAAUAGAACUCUCUUAAAUAUAGAAAAUUCUGGUGCUACCUGUUCUUCAGAAGCAUCAGCCAAAGAAACCGUUACAGAAAUAAAGAUCAAUGACCAAAAAAAGAAGAUGAUGCAAGAUAUUUUACUAUAUGAAGACAAAAAACUAAACACUUCUGAACUUUUGAAUAUUAACUAAAUCAUCAUUGAUAGCAUUUUUGGAAGAAGCUCCUUUUCAGCUACACCAAAAUAUGUUGCAAAAAUUAUUUUGCAUACAGUAUGCAACACUUCUAUGUUUAAAUGAUAUAAAAGGGAAAUAUGAAUUUGAGAUAAUCAGAGCUGUGGAGAAUCUCUUCUCUGAUUUACAGCUUCUUCUGGAAGUUAACAUUGCCCAGGACAAAUGCAGAAAAGUUGGGAAGAAUUUGUUGGACAGUUAUUCAGUUUAGCCAUAGAGUCUUCAAGAACAAAUUGUAUUGAAAUGUUUCACCUUGUGUAUGAUGUUGAAGCUCACCAGGUAUUAUUCUGGCUACAUUGUUCCAACUUGUAGUGUGCAAGUAUUAUGUAUGUACAUUGUCUGAAGAUGUCAGUAUGUGAAUGAACUGAGUCUACUGACAAGCAUUGUAUUUUGAGGUGAUAAGGAUGUUUUAUCACCUGUUGUCUGAUUUGUGGUGGCUCACACAGGUGAAUCACAUGGAGCACUGAUGACUGUACAGGUGUGAAUCAGCCUUCCAUCUUCUGGAGCCUCGCAGCAGACACACAUACAACCUGUGCGCCAGCUGCAUUGGCUCCAGGUGGAGUACCAGAUUAAGUUCAAGGUUUUAGUACUGUAGUACAAAGCCCUAAAUGGCCUGGGACCAAUGUACCUACUAGACUAGGGAUCU